ACCGGCACCAACCAACCAAUAUCGUCACCCCGCCGCCUUCCCACCCCACCAGCCUACUCCAGCCCUCGCCCCACCACCACCACCACUCCCACUCGCUCACCCGCACCACCGCUACAACCAGCAGCAGCAACAAUGACCACCCUCCGCAUCCUCGUGCCGAUAAAGCGGGUGCUCGACUACGCACUGAAGCCACGCAUCGCGUCGUCGGGCAAGUCCAUCGACCUGACGGGCCAAAAGAUGAGCCUGAACCCCUUCGACGAGCUCUCGAUCGAAGCGUCGGUGCGCCUACGCGAAGCCCACCCCGCCCGCAUCGCCGAUAUCCUCGCGUUCUCUGCCGGCCCCGCGAAGUCGCAGGACGCCCUGCGCACUGCUAUGGCGAUGGGCGCGGAUCGCGGGCUGCUUGUGGAUGCGGGGGUGGAGAGCGACCUCGAGCCGCUGGCGGUCGCGAAGAUUCUGAAGAUGGUCGUGCAGAAGGAGGAGUGUAACCUUGUUAUUCUCGGGAAGCAGAGUAUCGAUGACGACGCUGGGCAGACGGGACAGAUGCUUGCGGGCCUCCUCGGGUGGGGGCAAGCGACGCAGGCGGCCGAGCUGACGCUCGAGGGGGAUAACAUUACUGUCGUGAAGGAGGUGGAUGGCGGUACCGAGACCGUCAGGGGGAAGCUGCCCAUGGUCGUCACGACGGAUCUCAGGCUCAAUGAGCCGAGGUACGCGAGCCUGCCGAAUAUCAUGAAGGCGAAGAAGAAGAAGCUGGAUAAGGUCGCGUUGGCCGAGUAUGGUGCGGGCUUGGAGAGGCGGCUCGAGGUGCUGCAGGUUGUUGAACCCCCGCCACGGCAAGGCGGCGGCAAGGUCGAGGAUGUUGGCGGCCUCGUCGCGAAGCUGAAGGAGCUGGGCGCGAUCUGAGCGCCAUCUGAGCGGUUGAGGCGACUGUACGAAUUGUUCGGGUGCGGGGAGUGUAACUACUACUACUAUCAAUAGACUCCAGCGAUUAAGAAAAAAUG